GGCAGUUUCGCUGAAGCAAUGAACGCGUGCGGUGCAUCGUCUGAGAGCAGAAAAACGGCGAAAAACGUCAAAUUGUCGUACCACAAUUUAUUGUCGAAAAAUUGAAUCAAUCUAGUGCGCACUCGGAUCAGCCCUGAACAAUCCGAUAAUGGAUCAGCCACUGGUGGUGCAGGCGGAGUACUCCUUCAUGGGCAGCAAUAACGACGAGCUGUGCUUCCAGAAGGGCGAUGUCAUCACGGUUACCCAGCGCGAGGAUGGUGGCUGGUGGGAGGGAACGCUGAACGAUAAGACUGGCUGGUUUCCCAGCAACUAUGUGAAUGAGUGCAAGGUGCAGCUGCCUCUAACGGAGACCAUAAGGCCGCCGGAGGAGAUCCAGGAGUAUCGGUCUGUGGUGCUCAAGGAUCUGCUUGACUCGGAGCGCGCCCAUGUGGCCGAGCUGCAGGGUCUGCUCGAGAAUUUCUUGGAGCCCAUGCAACAGACGCAAAUACUCAGUCAGGAUGAGUACGCCCAGCUGAUGUGUAACUUUGUAGAGAUUGUGCGUACGCACGAGGAUUUGCUUAUCCAGAUCGAGGAGUGCAACGAUCGAGUGGGAAAACUAUUUCUCACCAGCGCCCCCUUGAUGAAGAAGGUGCACCAGGCGUACUGCGCUGCCCAUCCAAAGGCCAUUGUCAUACUGGAUAAGUACAAGGACGAGCUGGAAAAGUAUAUGGAACGACAGGGCGCAGCCACUCCUGGAUUACUUGUGCUCACGACGGGUCUAUCAAAGCCCUUCCGGCGACUGGACAAAUACUCGGCCAUGCUGCAGGAGCUGGAGCGGCAUAUGGAGAGCAGUCAUCCGGAUCGCGGCGACACCCAGCGGAGUGUUGCCGUGUACAAAGACAUAGCUGCCACCUGCUCGGCCACCCGUCGCCAAAAGGAGCUGGAGCUGCAAGUGCUCACGGGGCCAGUGCGUGGAUGGCAGGGCCAAGAGCUGAGCACCCUCGGGGACAUCAUCCACAUGGGCAGCGUUGCAGUUGGAGCUGAUCAUCGCGACCGAUACUUUGUGCUCUUCCCUCAAACAUUGCUAUUCCUUAGCGUUAGUCAGCGGAUGAGUGCAUUCAUCUAUGAGGGCAAGCUACCCUUAACUGGGAUCAUAGUGAAUCGCCUGGAGGACACGGAUGCCCUGAAGAACGCCUUUGAGAUAAGCAGUCCCUUGAUCGAUCGCAUUGUAGCAGUUUGUCAGGGUCCGAAUGAGGCCAACAAGUGGGUGGAGCUGCUCAAUGCCAAUAAUCCCAGCUUGCCGAUGGGCAUCAAACGGCAAUUGAGUAACUUGAGCAACUCUUCGCUAGGACACCUAAAUGCCGCUCAUCUGAGUCAACAUUUGGAUUCACGGGGCUACUGCACGCGAUUCUCGCUGUGUGCCUAUUACUCCAGCCCCCCGUGCCAUGUGCGACCUCUCCGUGUGACUCUUCCCCCAAGCAAUUACCCAGCAACAGCUCCGUACGCCAAUCUUAGUGCUCACUUUGCCAGGCUUGUUAAAGGCGGCGGACUGAGGAGUGCUAUCGUAAAGAUGCUUCUGUAUCCGCAGGCUCGCCAGAGCAUCGAUCUCAAAAGGAUUGCGUUGCGCAAAAGGCGUUGUCACAAGGCAUCUGCAAAGUUAAAAGAUCUCAAUACCAAUCAGGAUUCGGGGCAGUCCGAGUUGGAACGACAGGAUGCAAUUGAACUACCAACGGACUCGGAGAGCUAUGACGAUGACUUUGAAGAUGAUUUUUUGCAUUCCUGCGACUCGGAUCCGUUUGAAUAUGUGCAGUUUUACCAAAACAAGCGGAACGAUUCCAUGUGCAACUCCACAGGCACAUUCGUGGACCAUGGCACGGGUGCCAGGAGGCACUGUUCCUCUAUCAACCUCAUUAAAUUGGAUUCCGCGGACACGGACGAAGUUCUAGCGCUCAACGAGUUAAAAAAGGAGUCUCUUGUUAUAGGAUCCAGAGCACUAAGAGCUUUGGCUCGGAAGUCCACGACUCGAAAUUCCAGUGUGCACACAUCCACGGCAACUUUGGAGCUAGGUGUGGGUGGCAGCAUCACAAACUGUGUUGAGGAAGAGCCAAUUCUUAAGGUCAAGCCAUCGUUCUCCCUGCAACAACAAAGUUCCGAUGCGAGUUCCAUUUUUGCAGCUAGAUUGGGCGGUGCAUUCACCGCCUGCGAGAAUCUGGCCAGUAUGCCUGAUGAUCUCAGCAGGGAGUCGAGUAUCCAAGAGCCACCCACUCCUCUGCCAGCUUCACCGACAGAACGGCACAGCAUGCCGACCAUAUUUGUGGGCAAUCGGUUCAACCACAGCAAAAAUACAGAGGUAUAUGUACCGACGUGGCGAGAUCGCCAGGAAAUGCAGAAUCAGAGUGUGGAUGCGAAGCAGGAUGAAGAGUUGCACUCCAGUUCCAUUGAUCUACCCGCCGCCUGUCUAUCUGCUCCGGAUAAACUGCAAGCAGAACUACUCUACAAUUACGACGAGAUCCUAGAAAAACCUCUACAGCUGCAUCGGGAGCUAACGCCCUUUCCGGGCCAUAAUCUUAACUCGGAUAAGCGAGUUUCCCACAAAAGCGACAGUCCGUCGACAGGAAAUGCAAAGACAGAUCCAAAUCUUGCCACAAGAAGUAGUUCCACCACCGAACUCUGCAUCGAUACCACUUCAAAAAAGCGCACAACCCCGUCAGAGAGAAGCCGGGAUUCCAUUAGGCGCUGCAUUAGCUAUCAGUUCCUGCAGAUGUCCAAUCGACCGCCCCCUCCACCACCGCCACGCAGGGAUCCGGAUCUACACUUAGACACCAAAUGCCGCUGCUGCGAAAACUCCCAGUGUCCCAGUCCGCGAUCGAGUGACAGCGGAAUGGCUGGCAGUUGCACUAUUACAUCACCGGAUCCGCCCAAUCCGGAAUCAUACUUUCCCAUGGAGGCCGCAGGCCACGAUAUGCUGGAUAAUGUGGAGCCAGAGAGGUUUGAUGUGUGCGGAAUGUUCAGAGAGAAGUUCCUCACUCCGGAGGCUACUCAGGAUGUUGUUGAUCUAUCAGAGGAGCAGCCUCAACUAUCAGAUGAACCCACUACCCCUACCAAUCGCAAAGAGGAACCUACUUGCAUCACCUCUGCUCAAGUGCAAGUGAACACAAGGAGUAUUUUUCUGCCCUCCAGCUCGAGCAUGGAUGAGACUAACAGGAAUGUCCCAGCCAACAAUAUCCUAUUUAGCUCGAGUUCCGCGGAUCAGUUGGAACCGCAGGCCACCUUUCGCUCGGGGAUGUAUGCGCACUGGUGGAAGAAAGAGCGCCUUCCGCCGGAGGUGGUGCGUGGCAUAGCCCACGCCUACAAUAAGAGCUUGCCCUCCAAGGACUCAAAAGAUUCGGGAUCGGUGUGCUCCAGCUGCUUCUGUUCCCUGGGAGCUAGCGGUUACAGCGAGGGCGCACUCUACUGCUCGGUGUGCCAAAACUGUGCGGACUACUACAACGGCAGUGUCACCAGCACAACCAACACGACGACCACCACAUCAUCCGCCAGUUGCCCACUGUGCAGUGAGGACGAGGGCAUGAUUGCCCCCACACACGACUCGUCCUCGCUCGACUGUCCCAUAUGUAAUGGCCGCAUUGCUUCCGGCGCCGAAGAAGGCAAGCAAUCCGAAAUGGAUCGACGGCCAGAUGUCGCCGCCAUCAAGCCACAUACUCCUACCGCCCGGCGGCCGUCCGCCAGCCACUCCCAGCAGCAUCCCGGCCGGCAGCAGCAGCGGAGGGAGCCACAGCCACCAGGGGUCUCCGGCCACCAACUCGAUGUCGCAUCACAAACGGAGCCAGUCGUUCAACCACCAUCUCAGCUACAAUCAGUACACGCCCACUCAGCCUCCACCACAUCAUCUGCAUCCACCACAACCACCAAGUCUGCCAAGUCAUCUGGGGGCAUCCGGCCCCAGAUCAAGUUCAGCCCAGACACCAAACAGCAAGACAGCAGCUCCACUCCAGGCGUCAUCCAUGGACGCCAGUCCAGCAAUUCAGGCAGCGGCAGCAGCAGCGGCGGCAGCGGUGGGAAUGGGGGUGCCAAGCGCAAGGAAAGGAAGCACAAAGGCUAACUGGACCAUCAGCUGCCUGCGACCCACGCCGCCGUUGCGACCCAGUUUAUUGAAUGCCACCAGCGGAUCGGGAAGUGGCAGCGGUGGCAGCGGUGGCGGCGGCAGCAGCUCCAGCAAUGCCCUGGCCAGCUACUGCAGCGGAAGGAAGAACCAGCCCACCUAUGAGGAGGACGCCCUGGUGCUCCGGGUUUUCGAGGCCUACUGUGCCGCCUAUCAGAACAAUGCCAGGAACACCAUCCACUCGGGCCUUGAAAACGAGGACAUGACCCCCACCCUGCGCCAACUGUGGACCGCCAUCCGCCAGAUGCAGCAGGACAUGUCCCAGAUCAAACUGCAGAUCAAUGAGGAGCGGGCCCUGCGAGCCGAUCUCCAACAGCUGCUCAUGCAGCACUUGGAGACGAGCAGUGUGAGCAGCGGGGCCAACACCCCCAAGUGUUGACUAUGCAAGUGACCCGGAGGGUUCUGGAGGGGAUUCCUCGGUACCGAUACAUCGAAACAAUACCCGCCGCUGCUUUUAGCUUUAAUUCAUUCUUAGACACUUUUACUUUGCAUCUUCGGGGGGCAGUGGGUCAAUUACCAAAAAAUUAUCUACAUAUGGACUUUGUAAUCGUAUAUGGAUUGUAUUUACCGAGUACUAUUUAUGUGUAUGUAUACUUGUGAACGGACAAUAUGCCAAUUGUAUGUAGUAUUAACAAGCAUCUGCUUCUAUCUUAUUAUCAUGCGAUCUAUCAAAGAGGUUUCGGUAUGUCUGAGAAAUUUGCAUGUUAGUCAAAAAUACUUUGCAGAUCGCAUGCAUAAUUUGAACUUCGGGCAAAUUUAACAACAUCGAACAUCUGCUUAUAGCCCAUCAGAACAUAAAUAAUUCGUUAUAAUGCCUAGAUUUAAUCUUCAUUGUAAGAGCCUAGCACAACAUGCAUAUUUUACUGGCAUAGAUUCUACACAUAUUAGACUUAUUGUAUUUUACCUAUUUUACGACGUUGCCACCAUGCAACUUUUGAGAGCUGCUUGUGUAAGUUAUACGAAUAGAUAGACCCAGUUUUGAUCUUAACUUUGACGAUGAUUUCAAAUGGACAAUGCAAAAUUAUUAAAAAUGUGCCAAUACUUUAGUAAGAUGCAGCAACGUACGAAGAAUCGCUCAAAAAGUUGUAUUUACCGAUUAUACCUAGAACAUUUAUUGGAUUAAUAUACACGCACAGAAAAUGU